GCGCAGCAAGUCCGACGCGUGCGUACUCAACGCUCGCCCAUAGGAAGCGGAAGGGAAAGAUGACGGCGCCGAGUGUCCCCACGCCGUUGUACGGACACGUGGGUCGCGGAGCCUUCAGCGACGUGUACGAGCCGGCGGAGGACACGUUCCUGCUACUGGACGCGCUCGAGGCGGCAGCAGCCGAGCUAGCAGGAGUGGAAAUAUGCCUUGAAGUAGGAGCAGGAUCUGGUGUGGUGUCUGCAUUCCUGGCUUCCAUGAUAGGUCCUCAGGCCUUGUACAUGUGCACUGACAUCAACCCUGAAGCAGCCGUGUGUACCUUGGAAACAGCACGUUGUAACAGAGUCCACAUUCAGCCAGUAAUUACAGAUUUGGUCCACGGCUUGCUGCCCAGAUUGAAGGGGAAGGUAGACCUGCUAGUGUUUAACCCCCCCUAUGUAGUGACUCCACCUGAAGAGGUAGGAAGUCACGGAAUAGAAGCAGCUUGGGCUGGUGGCAGAAACGGCCGGGAAGUCAUGGACAGGAUCUUCCCCUUGGCUUCAGAACUUCUCUCCCCAAGAGGGCUGUUCUACUUAGUUACCAUAAAAGAAAACAAUCCAGAAGAAAUUUUUAAAACAAUGAAGACAAGAGGUCUGCAAGGAACUACAGCACUUUGCAGGCAAGCUGGCCAAGAAACCCUGUCAGUUCUCAGGUUCAGCAAGUCCUAGUGUCCUGAGAGCCACUGAAGUAAACAAGAGCUGCCGGCAGCUGAACACGCAGUAGGCCAAAAAAUUUUAUCAGAAAUUUAUCAUUUAAAAAAAAAAAAGUGGAGCCAGGAGGUGAUGGCACAUACCUCUAAUCCCAGCACUCAGGAGACAGAGGCAAGAGGAUAUCUGAGUUCAAGGCCAGCGGAUAUGCAGAGUUCCAGGACAGUCAAGGCUAUACAGAGAAACCCUGUCCUGAAAACCAAAACCAAACAAACAAAACCAAAACGAAAAGAAAAAGGAAAGAAAGACGUGAGACCUGACAGAUGGCUCAGAGGCUGAGACACUGACCGCUGGUACAGAGGAUUGGGGUUCAGUUCUCAGCGCCCACAUGAUAGUUCAAGAGGGAACCUGCCUUGUUCUGACCUCCAACGGUACCAGGCCCAUACACAGUAUACAUACAUAAUUCAGGCAAAAUACCCAUACACAAUAACAAAAUAAACCUCACAAAAAGAAAAGAUAGAAAGCUGAGUCUUUUUUUUUUUUCAGAGAAUCAAGCGUAUGAGUUUUUCUGUACAUGUGCAAGUAAAUAUGUAUAUUUAUAACUUAUAUUUUGUAUAUUUAUAUAUGAAGGCAUGUUUGAUUUAGCCUUAGCUAUAAUAGCAAAGCAAUAUAAUUAUCCUAAAUGUCUACCAGAAAGAAUGCUGGUAAAAAAAAUCUCAGUCUAGGACUAGAGAGAUGGCUCAGUGGUUAAGAGCACUGACUGAGCUCUUCUAAAGGUCCUGAGUUCAAUUCCCAGCAACCACAUGGUGGCUCACAGCCAUCUGUAAUGGGGUCCGAUGCCCUUUUCUGGUGUGUCUGAAGACAACAACAGUGUACUCACAUACAUAAAAUAAAUGAAAAAAUAAAUCUUAAAAAUAAAAAAUAAAAUCUCAGUCUAUCCAUUCCACUGAACAUAUAGCCAUGAAACAUGUCAGUGUGUAGAUCCUGAACCAGAGGUUUUUUUGGUGACAAGUUACAACUAAGUGCAAAGAAGCUGCAGCUGAAUUUCAUCCCAUAUAUGCUAUUUUGAAAAGCCAGCCAAAGCAGUGUAUUGCUGUGUGUAUAUAACAAAGUUUGGGGAGAUAAACUACAGGAAUAAAAGAACUUCAGUCUUUUGUGGUA